AUGAAAGAAUUAUCCUACAUGGUUAUGGAUGCUUAAUAACUUUAUAGAGAGUAUAAAGAAUUGAUUAAAAUGAAAAGUAAGUAUUAUCAAGAGUUAGUUGAGACUGCUAAAGAAUUAUCAGAAAUUAAAGAUAAAGAAAUAUAAUACAAAACUAUUAUAUAAUAAUUAUCUGAAACAAAUACAAGUGAAGAUGCCGAUAUUCUAAUAACAAAAUUAACAGAAAUUGAUAAGAUAAAAGCCUAAAAAGAAGUAUAAAUUUAAGAUAAAAAUAAUUAUCCUGAAUCAGAAUUAGAUUAGAGGAUUAUUAAAAGUUUAAAUUAAGAAGAGAGUAUAAUAAAAUUAUAAGUAGAAAAUAUUAAAUUAUAAAUUAAAAUUGAAGAACUACAAAUAAAAUCAAAUUAAGAAAAGAAUUAAAAUUGGCAAAGUUAAUGUUAGUUUUUAACAACUUAAUUGUAACAAUAUCUAGAAAAAUAACAAAUGGCUAUUUAAUCCUAUAAUGAUUUAGUUUCAUAUAUAAAUGAUCUAGAAUUUAGUAUUCAAGAGUUAAGAGAGGAAUAUGAAUAUUCAAAAAAUAAUCAAGAAAAAUAUAAAUCAUAGUUAAAAAUAGAAAAGUAUAAAUUAGAUAAAGCUAAUGAAAAGUUGUCUUAAUUGAAAUUAUUGUUUUAGAAAAAGAAUAACAAAUUAAAAAGUAUGAAAGAGAAUAAAAACUACAUGAAUGUAAUUCAUCAAAUGAAAUUCAAGAUGAUAAAGAUUAAAUUACUGGUUUAAUGGAGAAAUUAAUGUAAUCAACCAAUAAAAUUUACGAAUUCGAAAAAUAAUAGAAUGAUUAAUUAAAUUAGGCAGAUUAUGAAAUUUUUGAAAUAAAUAUGGAUAAUGAUUUAGCAAAAGAACUUUUGA